UUUGGUCGUUUUGUCAUCCAACCAACCUUUGGCCAUAUCCACCACUCAUCGCCGCCACUAGAAAGAGGAAAAGGGCGUGAGAGCACGAGAGAGGAAUAGGAUGGUGGGAUUGGGCGUAGUGUUAGACUCAACAAAGGGUAGUAAUAAGCCACAUGUAAUAGUAGUAAACAAAGCCGACAUGAUCAAACCUUCUGAUCCCUCUUCUCCACCACCUCCGCCCUCACCUCAACCAAACCAUCCUAAUUUCUCUCACUGGAAAUCUCCUUCUGAUCAUCAUCAAGUCACAGCUGCAGGGGGUAGUUUUCUGGACCGUUGUUUUCUCUGCCAGCAGAAACUCUUGCCUGGCAAAGACAUCUUCAUGUACAAAGGGGACAGGGCAUUUUGUAGCAAGGAGUGCAGGUGCAGGCAAAUAUUCAUAGACGACAACUACUUCCCGUUGGCUCCCAUGAAACAACCACCCACCUCAUCCUCCUCCUCAUCAUCUCCCUCCUCUCCUAGUCGGAAAAGGACCAAAAAUCGGGCAAAUGGGUUCGCGUACUGAGUUUCAACUUUUUCCAAGUUUUCCCCUACCCGAUGCGGCCCAACCUCAUUCGUGGACAAAUGCUUAAUUUGAGUAUAUGAGGCGUGUGAGGCCUUUAAGAGUUGAAUUAUUGAUGUUGAAUAUGCUAGUCUAGCUAAUAUAUUUUUGUUUCUUAUUUAAAAAUUGUACCGUAAUUAGUCAUGAUGUAUGUUCUCAUUCGAACUCUAGCGUGUAAAAUUCUAGUUUGUCAACCCAAUCAAAAAAAAUUCUACUAUGUCGCAUGAAAUGAGAAAUACAUGGGAGUUCAAUCUUAUGAUU